AUGUUGGCUGCCGAUAAGUUGCGUGAGUUACGUACGCUUAUGAAUCGUACGAACGUGCGUCUGUUACCUCUGCGUCAUCUAUUGGGCAAGACAGAUAAGGGGGACGUGAUAGCGAUUACAGGGCGACCGUUGCAGGCUUUUUUAGUGGAUACAGCCGAUGCCCAUCAAAGUGAAUACGUAGGGGACGCUCAUAAGCGACGUGAGUUUCUUACAGGCUUCACGGGAUCAAAUGGGACAGCGUUAGUGACGGUAGACAAGGCGUUGAUGUGGACCGAUGGUCGCUAUUUUCUACAAGCAGAGCAGGAACUCAGUGAGGACUGGACGCUCAUGAAGUCCGAGGAGCCCAAUGUGGCUACAAUUGAGAAAUGGGUACAAACAAAUUUCCCGAGUAACAGCUGUCUGGCUAUUGACCCAUAUUUGACAUCCGUGGCUACAGCUCGGAAUAUUGCCAAAGCUCUGAAGGAGACAACAAUUGAACUCGUGGCUCUGCAUGAGACUGAUAAUUUGGUGGAUCUUGUCUGGAAGGACCGUCCAGUUGUAUCGCCCUCGCACGUGACUUUUCUAUCGGAAAAAUACACUGGUUGUUCUGUUGUAAACAAGCUCAAGAAUCUUCGCGAGAUGGUCGAGAAAAAAGAGGCGGAUGCUAUCGUGCUCACUGCGCUUGCCGACAUUGCGUGGCUGUUCAAUAUUCGUGGCAACGACGUUAAGUUCAACCCCGUUGUCACGUCGUAUGCUGUCGUGACUCGUGACUCGGCAACUUUGUUUUUGGAUGCGGCAAACCAGGAUGAGGUGACUCAGUACUUGGGAUCAGCUGGGGUCGUUUGCAAGCCGUACUCAAGUACGUUGAAAGAUGUCUCGGCUUUCACUUUAGCUAACAAGGACACGAAAAUUCUCGUGGACCCCGCACAAUGCAACGUUGCUGUUUUCCUUGCCAUACCGGCUGCAAACCGCAAGGAAGACACCUCGGUAGUCAUGGCCCAAAAAGCGAUCAAGAACACUGUUGAAAUUGAAGGUAUGCGUCAGGCGCACCUUCGUGACGGUGCUGCACUUGUUAAGUUCUUUAGUUGGCUUGAAAAGGAGAUGGAUGCUGGUCACGAGGACCAGUGGGACGAAGUGCUGGUCGCAGACAAGCAGGAACAGUUUCGCCAGCAAAUGAAAGACUACGUGUCACUGAGCUUUGAAACCAUUUCGGCGACCGGGGCGAAUGGAGCCAUCAUCCACUACUCGCCGAAGCGUGACAAUUGUGCCAAAAUGUCGACGUCUGCUAUGUAUUUGAACGACUCUGGUGCUCAGUACCUGGACGGCACGACCGAUGUCACUCGAACGCUUCACUUUGGACAGCCUACUACCUAUGAAAGGGCGUGCUUUACCCACGUUCUAAAGGCGUAUAUUGCUCUUGCGAGUACCGUCUUCCCUGACAAGAUCGACGGCGUCAAACUUGAUGCCAUUACGCGUGCGCCUUUGUGGAAGGCUGGUCUGGACUACCGCCAUGGAACUGGCCACGGUGUUGGCGCGUUCCUUGACGUACACGAAAAGGGAGUGUUGAUGUCGUUCCGCUUGAACCCGAACGGCUUAAAGAUUCAAGAUGGUAUGACCCUUAGUAAUGAGCCUGGCUACUAUGAAGACGGUAACUUUGGUAUUCGUAUUGAGAGCGUCAUGGUUGUCAAGAAGGCUCCUCACAUCACGAGCCCCCUCAAUCGUGUGUUCUGCGAGUUCGAGACUCUCACUAUCGUCCCUAUUCAACAGAAGCUCAUUAACGUGAGUCUGCUUACGCCCGAGGAAAUCAAGUGGUUGAAUGCGUACCACAAGGAAGUACAUGACAAGCUCCAGCCGUUACUAAAGGAUGACUCCGAAGCCUACGCAUACCUCGCGCGAGAAACGAAGCCUCUACCGUUGCCUUAG